AUGUCAACAUCUACAAUAUUCAUAUUUGUGACAGGUUCUGGCCGAGCAAAGGAUGUGCCUGAACUUGUCCGUGAAACCGUGGCUACCGGUUGGAAAACAUAUACAAUCUUGACAUCAAACGUGAGUUCUGUGUUACCUCCGGAUGAAAUAUAUAAUUUGUCUGGUAGCCAUGCUAUUCGUGACUACAAGGAUCCACCACUCAAUAGAUUUCCAUUUGGUACAAUGCUUGUUGCACCCUGUACAUUCAAUACAUUUAAUAAGUUGGCAUUGGGCUUAGCCGACAAUCUUGCAACAUCAAUGAUUGCCGAUGCACUGGGUGCUGGAUGUCCGAUAUUUAUCGCGCCGGCAAUGAAUCGUGGCCUAUGGAAUCAUCCACAGACUCGUAUAUCAGAGACGAAAUUGAAAGAAUGGGGUUGCACUAUCAUUCCACCAUAUAUUGAUGAAAAAGUUGUUACGAUGGCAUCAAUUAAAGAGAUUUUACAGGUAUCGCAUCGAUCAUCAAAUGAAGCUUCUAAUUUUACUCAUAAUAGAGAAUCAGUAAAAGCUAUUUCAUCUACAAAAGAAAAAACUGUCAUUAUAUCAUCUAAAUCUUCUGCAACAACUUCUUCCACAUCAACAACAGAACAAACAGUUGAACAACUUCUUGACUCAUGUAAUAACGUUGCAUUAGAAUCGAAUGAAUCCAAAUUAGCAACAACAAGUCAAGUAUCCAAGAUAACAACAGAUCCUAUGACUACUUCUGAGUAUAAAAUAAAUCGAGAGAAAAAAAUUAAGAAAUUAGAACGACAAUUCCGCAGUUUAUCUAAAACAAUACGUGAAUUAGAAAAAAAAGAUAUGUCAUUAGAUGAAAUGGAACAUUGUGAUUUAUAUGUUGUAGAAUCAAAUUUAAAAAAACGAGCAUAUGAGAUUUAUACUAAAGUUGCUGAACUAAAGAGUCAAUCAUCUUGUAUCGAACGUAUUCUUGAUCAACCGGUUAGUUUAACAGAAUCUGAAAUUGAUCAUCCAUUGAUUAAUAAAGCUCUCGAAGAUAUGGUUAAUCGAACAAAAUAUUUACCAUCUUUUACUGAUGUUCUCGAUACAGUAGAAAAAACAAAUGAUAAAUAUAAACUUAAUCUUAAUACUGACAUUCGAAAAAAUUUUGCUGAAAAAUCCUUUAAAAUAAUAGGUAAAAAAAUUAAAAAUCGACGCAUGGCUGAUUUUAAUGAUAUUAUGAACAGUCGUCUUCCAGAAGAUUUUGAUAUCGAACAAAAUGAUCCUGCAGUGAACAAUGUUGACAUUCAAAAAACAUUAUUAGAAAACGAACGUGAAGCUAUUAUUAAAACAGAAAAAAUUUUAGAUGAAUUUUCUCGAAUUGAUCCAAAUCGUGAGCCAGAAGUUAAUAUUGAAUCAUCUGAAGAAUCCAAUAUUGAAAGUAAUGAAGAGGCGGAAAUUGAAGAAGAAGAAGAAAGAGUAGAGUGGGAACCCGAAGUGAUUGCUGCAUCGUCUGACGAUAAACCUGACGAAAAUCAAUAUGAUAUUGUUGAUAUUCUUCCGCCUUUCUCAUCGGAAUCCUCGUCUCCUGCAGAACCAAUGGUGACUGAAACAAUAAACAAUGAAGAUCCUGUAGAAGCUACACUUGAAAUUUCUCUUAAUAGUCGUACAUUAACAAUCUUAUCAACAGCUUCUAUACCACUAAAAAGAGCAGUGCAUGAUUCAUUUGCUUCAAUUAUUCAAAGUACUGAACCAGAAGCUUAUACCACUCUUGAUGAAAAUAAUACUCAAGAAUCACAAUCGAUUGCAUUUAUACAGGAACAUAAAGUGCAAACAAUCAUACCUCGACACAGACAACAAGUACCUGCUGACGAAACUUUAUAUAACUGUUAUAAAACACGAUUAAACAGUAAUGAUUCAUCUGUUGUUCAAAAACAAACAUCACCAAAAGACAUUGAAUCUUCCAAAUCGAAAAAUCCUAAAAAUAAUCCUGAGAUUGUUAUACUUGAUUAA